AUGCGAUGCGGAGAGAUCGAGAAAUCACAGAGACCACAAAGCGAGACAAACACCGCAAGGGACGUCCGAGAAGACGCGAGGAGGUCAGAGACUACUGUCUUAAACAGGCAUGUGGCCAGCAAAGCGCGCGACGCCCUCGCAGAAUGCGGCAAUGGGAGGCAAAAUAGCAAUGCGAAGGGGGAUAUGCCAAAGAAUGCAAUAGAGACAAACGAGAUGAAGAAAUGA